AUGUCUUAUGACCGGUAUUUGGCAAUAUGCAAACCACUGCAUUAUGCAUCUCUUAUGAAUGGAAGAUUCUGUUUACAGCUAGCAGUCAUGUCCUGGAUAAGUAGUUUGCUAGGUAUUAGUAUAACAGUACUUUUAAUGCUAAAUUUAACCUUUUGUGGCCCUAAUGAAAUUGACCAUUUCUUUUGUGAUUUUAUCCCAAUCAUAACAUUUUUCUGCAGUGACACAUUCUUGGUGGAAGUUCUAGUUGCCGUUCUAGUUGCUAUGUGCACUUUUCCAACAUUUUUAUUAACAAUGACAUCUUACAUUUGUAUCAUCACAACCAUCCUGAAAAUCAGCUCUACCUCCAAGAGGCAAAAGGCUUUUUCUACCUGCUCGUCCCACCUCACUGUAGUGGCAAUAUUUUAUGGGACCAUAUUUAUUGUGUAUGUGCUACCAAAACAAGACAGCCUGAGAAACUUGGAUAAAGUAUUCUCUUUCUACUACACUGUCCUCACUCCUCUAGUUAACCCCCUCAUAUACAGCUUGAGAAACAGAGUACCUGAUCCCCAUACCAAGGUCAUAAUCUUGGAAGGCAUCCAAGAGAAUAGAAGAGAAUACCAUGCUGAAGAGGAUAGGUGUGAGCACAAAGCCCUACUUGAAGCCAUUUGUGACUGGAAAGUGGUUAGAGCAUUUGCCAUUCAAAAGGACGUGUGCCAUCAUGCCAUCCUAGAACUGUAG